AUGGCCAACACACCCCUUCUCGUUAGAGCUCUCCCAGCUAUCCCGGCUCUUCGUACUGCGACCUUGUUCGCCACACCGUCUUCAUCUCGCUCUGCGUCCACAUCACUUCCGUCCUCUUCCACCACCAGCACGCCUUUGCGACGAUCGGCGAGAUUCGCCUCCCGACCGGGAGCAGACAUGGUUGGACCACCUGAUCCGAUCAGCAACCUUCGUCCCAUUCGUUACGGUUCUGCUUUCGAACAAGCCUCCUCCUCUUCCGCUUCCACCUCGACAUCAGCUGGUCAAACAUUAGCCAUUUCACAUCCGUACUCACUGCAAGAGUUUACCACUUCGGGCGAAUCUUCCUGGUCCUCUGCACGUUCUGCACGCUCUGCGCGAUCACCGUCGCCGUACUUUGAGCGACUGCUUUCCAAGUUGGAGGAAGCGGAGCUAGCUCACAAACUUCGCAUGGCGAGAGCAGACAACUUCAACCAGCGAUUUUGGCAGGACAACAAUGCGCGUUUCAUUCAAGCCUUGUCCGAAUUCAGAUCAAGAACCGGCUCGAGCAAAGCGGUUGCAACCCUCCCCAAAUCACGCGAGCAUGUCAAACAAGCAGCACAGGAGAGCGAGCUCGACCUCGACUCGGAUUCGCUCGCCACAUUCUACUCGGCUUGGCUCAAGGCUAACGCCGCAAGACAUAGAGCGUACAAUAGGCAAUUGUGGAGACAGACUUUUGGCGAUUUGGCCCCCGCUGCAAGAUACCAGGGCUUGAGAGCUUGGGCUAAGCUUGUCGGAUCGGUGCAACGAAAACUCGGUCGCAUCAAUUGA